GCCAUAUUUAAAAAAUUUAUCCCAUGGAAAAAGAACUUAUUUAUCCUGUGGAAAAGUCAGGGACGUAUCCUUUGUUGUCAAAAGAUAAUUGACGUGUCUUGCUGAUAAGAAAACUGCAAUUUUUCAUUUAUUUGUGAUUGAAUUAACAUUUUAUAUAGUUGUGCCAUAAAAUUAAAAUGCUAAAGGCUGUUAUUUUGAUCGGAGGGCCCCAAAAAGGGACCAGAUUUAGGCCGCUUUCUUUGGAUAUACCUAAGCCUUUAUUCCCAGUGGCAGGUUUACCACUAAUACAACAUCACAUUGAAGCAUGUGUUGCAUUAAAAGACCUAAAAGAAAUUUUGUUGAUUGGAUUUUACCCUGUUGCACAAAUUCAGCAGUUUAUAAAUGAAUUGCAACAAGUUUACAAUAUAACAAUAAAAUAUUUGCAAGAAUUUACUUCUCUGGGCACUGCAGGGGGGUUAUAUCAUUUUAGGGAUCAAAUUCGUUGUGGAAAUCCUGAUGCUUUUUUUGUUAUGAAUGGAGAUGUCUGUGCUGAUUUUCCCCUUAGUGAUAUGUAUGUGUUUCACAAAAAACAUUCUGAUAAAUCUAUGGUUUCCAUAAUGGGUACUGAAGCCACUAGACAACAAUCCUUACACUAUGGUUGUAUGGUAAUUAAUAAAAAUACCAGUGAAGUGACUCAUUAUGUAGAAAAACCAAGUUCUUAUGUUUCUACUUUAAUAAACUGUGGAGUUUAUGUAUUUUCCCUAUCAAUAUUUCAAACAAUUGGGGAAAUAUUUAAUGCAAAGCAAAUGGAACAUUACAAGAAUGGAAAUGGAAACAAAGAAGCUGGGCAUAUUCAAUUGGAGCAAGAAAUAUUGGCGCCAUUGGCUGGAACCGGAAAAAUUUGUGCCCUCCAAGUAAACCAUUGGUGGUCUCAACUGAAAACAGCAGGAUCCGCAAUAUACGCAAAUCGUCACUACUUGGAAUUGUACAGAACAAAUCAUCCUGAAAGGUUAACAAAUCCUCAAGGAGCAGGAGAUAUUUCUAAAUUUAAUUGCACAAUUUAUCCUGAUGUGCACAUUCAUCCCAGUGCUGUUAUCCAUCCUACUGCAGUGCUUGGCCCAAAUGUAAGUAUAGGCCAAGGAGUGACAAUAAAAUCUGGUGUAAGAAUAAGAGAAAGCAUUAUACUACAAGACGCGACAAUAGAGGAGCACAGCUUGGUACUGCACAGCAUUAUAGGAAGGGGGUCCCAUGUAGGAAGAUGGGCAAGAGUUGAAGGAACCCCUUCAGACCCAGAUCCCAACAAACCGUUCGCAAAAAUGGAAAACCCGCCACUAUUUAACAACGAUGGCCGAUUAAAUCCUUCAAUAACGAUUUUAGGUUGUUCUGUCAGUGUGCCAUCUGAAACAAUUUUACUGAAUUCUAUAGUUCUUCCAAACAAAGAGCUUUCCAGGAGCAUUAAAAAUGAAAUUAUUUUGUAAUUCGCACAUGUUUAUACUAAAUAUACUAUUUUUGUUUUAA